AUGUUUGGGGAGAUUCCUUUACUCAUUGCCCUUACAGCAUGUAAUGGGAAAGAAAGCCCUGCAGAUGAUCACAUCUACGGCGUCGGAUGUCAUCAAGAGCAGUUUCAGGUUGCACAAGACGCCAUGAAUUUCGGACCAGAAGGACACGUUAACGACUCGCCAUGGAGAUGUCUCAUGCUCUGCACCUAUGAAAUCAAGACUUUCUCCACUAACGCCGAUCUCCACGUCCUUCUCGAAGCUGCAGGACGCAUCAAAAGAAAGUCCAGAAAGAUCGGCGUGAGGCAGCUGAGUGAUGGCACAUCAUCGUUCGUCGUGAGAAAGUUCUAUCACGGAACGUUGGAGGCGUUUGUCGUACACCCUUUUGUUGUCCAUCUUGUCAAUUCGCAUUAG